CCUAGUCAGCAUCAGUCUGUGUGUGCUCCUGAUCAAAAACGUCUGGAUCAAGUGGCAGACGAGUCCCGUUAUCGUAGCUCUGAGUGAACAACUGGUAUCCGUAGGAGAGGUGCCGUUCCCUUCAGUGACAAUUUGCCCACAAAUCAAAGCGAAGCAAUCGCUUUAUAAUUUCACUCACGAAACGAUCGAGAUUAAGAAAAAGAUUGGAUCACGUGUGACGAGUAACAGAUCACAUGAUAACAUAGAAGAUGAUUCCUGGACCCACAAGUAUGAGGACAUCGGGCUAGUUUGCUUAUUUGACUGGUCCAUCGUUCCAUACAGAAUGCGGAACUUCUCUGAUGCCGCAGCCGUUCAGCAUAUUAUAGAGGUUUCUCCAAGCCUGAAAGAUAUAUUUUACGCAUGCCGCUGGAGAGGAAAGGAUGUCUCGUGUCAGGACCUUUUCCAGCCCGUCCUUACUUCGGAGGGUUUGUGCUUUACCACAAACACCAUGGCGGCAAGUGAAAUCAUUAGACAAGAAAAUGUACAACAGGAUUAUUUUUACUUGAACAGCUCAAUACCCAGCAAAAACUGGUCUCUAAAAGGGGGAUACAAUAGUAAUGAAGAGGAUGUGUAUCCUAAAAGAGGCAGAGGAAACGGCGCAGACACUGACUUACGAGUUAUUCUUAAGGAGCAUACUAUCGACCGGGACGGUUUAUGCUAUGGAGUCAAUAAAGGUUACAAGGUGUAUCUCCAGCACCCGGCAGAUAUGCCUCAAUCUUCUCUCUACUACUAUGCAGCGUUGCCAGAGCAGACCUCUUCCUUUGCAGUCAAAUUUAGCGUCACAAAUACUUCUGAUACCUUAGAGAACUAUCCUCCAAAAAUCCGCCAAUGCUACUUUCCCAAAGAGCGUCAGUUGAAGUACUUCCGAACGUAUACGCCGAACAACUGUCGACUGGAGUGCAUGUCGGAAUACACUUUUGACAGCUGUGGCUGUGUUUGGUUUCAUAUGCCACAUAAAGACAGCUCUAGUAUUUGCAGAGAACUGAAAAGAGGUUGCGUUAUUAAAGCAUUGGAGAGAUACGCAGCGGAGGAAAGCCAACCUGACUCUAAAGUUGACAAAUGCCAAUGCCUUCCGCUCUGCAUCGGCAUUCAGUACGACGCUGAGGUCCUUAAGACGAAGUUCGAUAUCCACAGUCUGCUGAACGCUAUGAAGGUUGUUUACCCUGAGUGGUAUCAGAAUGAAACGGAUGGGGAACAAGGGAUGUCAUACACGAUGAUUGAGCUGUACUACAAAGAGCCCCGCUACAUGUCAAUGCGCCGUUCGGAGCUGUUCGGUCUGACAGACUUCUUGGCAAACUGCGGAGGUUUACUCGGACUAUUCCUCGGCUUUUCCUUCUUGAGUCUUGUCGAGAUUUUCUACUACUGCACUCUGAGGCUUGGCUGCACUCUCCGAAAGGAUACGCGUACCUAAUGAAAACGGCGUCAAAACAAAGUAGCUUUAUCAGCUUAAUUUAAAUUAUUCUCAAUUCAUUAUGUAAUCAGAAUAAGUAUUUUUCCCCUCACUAGCUCGGAAACACGUGUUUUGUCCUUUAAUACCAGCGGG